AUUUGAAGUUUUACUAACUGGAUCUGCAAAGUAGGCCAUCUUACCUACUAUAUUAAUAGUGAAGUUUUUCUCCUGUUGUCAGAUGAAAAUGUUUCUUCGUUAAAAAUGUCAGACUAGGUAUGCUUGUUUAAGGUAUCUGUAAUGAACCCAUCUGGGUUUAAAACCUACGCAUUGUCUAGCUGCACCCAAGUCAUGCAACAAGGAUUUGAUUGGCAGAUAUCAGAGCAAUUCAGGUCUAUCGGUCGUCAGGCAGCAGGCACAGAAUAGUCAUGGCCGACGAGAAACCUAAGGAAGCCGUGAAAACAGAAAACAAUGAGCACAUCAACCUCAAGGUGGCUGGCCAAGACGGUUCCGUGGUGCAGUUCAAAAUUAAGAGGCAUACACCUCUUAGCAAACUCAUGAAGGCAUAUUGCGAGAGACAGGGCUUGACCAUAAGGCAAAUCAGGUUCCGGUUUGAUGGACAGCCCAUCAAUGAAACAGACACACCUGCACAGUUGGAAAUGGAGGAUGAAGAUACAAUUGAUGUAUUUCAGCAGCAAACAGGAGGUCUUAAGUAAGGCUUAGAGUCCUUCAUUAUCCCCUCUUCAUCCCUCCUCCCCAGCGAUGUGGCCCAUCUUCGUCCUGCCUGAUCCCUUCUUUUCGCCUCUCCACCCUGUCCUGCUGUCCCUGCGAUGCCAAAACCAUAUGGACUGACAUUCUCACAGUUACACAUGAAAACAGUUGUACAGUGUCUUUGUUUUUGUCUUUUAUUUUUAUACAUCAAAGAUAUCACAUUUUAUCAGAUUUUCACCUUAAAAGAACUGAAAUUUUUAACAGAACAAACAAAGGCUCAAGGCCCAACAUGUUAUGGUUUGCAUGGCAGUCUGUGGGCAGAACCAAGUGUUUUUGUAACAGCGAGGAAUAAUGGUAACUAGUGAAAGGACUGUUUAAGUUUUCUCACAAAAAAAUGGGGUUUUAUAUCUUUUUAUAUAUUGUAGUAGUAAUGUCUUGUAUUUUCUCUGAUUUGGUCACAUUUACAGUGUCGUGUGGAAUGUGUUGUCAAAUGAGUUCCUUGUUAGAAUAAAGUAAUUUUGUAAAACUGAUGUUUUCAUUAAACUUAAUUUGGUUGAAAAAA